CGGCGCGCCGGGAUUUGGGGGGCAAAGCGCGGCCCCGCGAGCAGUUGCGGCGGGAGAGCGGCGGGCCGAGAGCGAGACUCGCCCGCUCCGGCGCUACCUGCUUCCCCGCCGCCGCCUCCCGCCGCCGCGCGCAGCCAUGUCCGAGGAGAAGCCCAAGGAGGGAGUGAAGACAGAGAAUGACCACAUCAACCUGAAGGUGGCCGGGCAGGACGGCUCCGUGGUCCAGUUCAAAAUCAAGAGACACACCCCACUGAGCAAGCUGAUGAAGGCGUACUGCGAGAGGCAGGGCUUGUCAAUGAGACAGAUUAGAUUCAGGUUUGAUGGGCAACCAAUUAAUGAAACAGAUACCCCAGCACAGCUGGAGAUGGAGGACGAAGACACCAUUGACGUGUUCCAGCAGCAGACAGGGGGCUCGAGGGAGACCAGCUGCCUCUCGGGGUGCAGCCUCUAGAGGGACCAUCCCCACGUGACGCCGUCCUUGCAUUUGCUAUUGAAUAGUGAACACGUGACCAUGCCAAUCACAAAGGAGUCUGCAGAAGCCCAGGACCUCCACCAGGAUUACUUCCCGCUCUGACGUACUGCGAGCGCAACUCCGUUCUGCAGGGAUGAAGCCACCGCCAAAGGCGGGCCAAUCUCAGUUGUCAUCUUUGUUUAGGCAAAAUGAGUUGCAAGGUUUUGGGGUUUAUUUUUGCUUUCAUUUUUGUUUUUUCCCCCUCUCCUAUAAGAUGUCCCCCACACUCGUGGCCUGAAUGUCUACUUUGAGUCCAGAGGGGGAUCUUGUCCAGGUAUUGAUCCCCUCCCCACCCCCACUGCUUAUUCCAAUCAUGUAGAGAACUCCACCACCACAAUGGAGGUGCUUCCGUUGGACAAGUUUUGGGGGCAUGGUGGAGAUGGGAGACAAACUUUCACUUACUAUUUCUUGUAGGUACAGGUUUUUUUAAAUGCUAAAUAUUGCAAAUUUAAGUUUUGUCAGAAUAUGGUAAAGUUGAAGGGAAGAUACUGGAGUGCUUCUUAAAAGGUAAAAAGUCCUUCAGUAACAUGGGCCUGGGCGCCCUGCUCCUUAAGCAUCCCUUGGGUGGGUCAGGGGCCCAGGACCCAUCACCUACUGCCCAGUGCCUAGGAGAUGCUGCAUGGGCAAAGUGUGGCACAGUGCAAAUUGGCUUUUCUUCACAUAGAACAAAGUAAUCCCCACAUUGCUCACUUGGUAAUAGUGCCAUGGCCUCAGAUUUCUUCUAGUAUUUGCUUCUAAUGAAUAAUUAUGGUCUAUAUAUAAACACAUAAGAUUACGUAUUGCUGAAUUUGCAGUUACGUUUUUGUGUAAAAGAGCUACUUCAAAGUAGCAAAUGAAGCCCGUGGACAGAUGACUUCAUGCUCUUCUCAUGGACUCGUGCGGCGCCGCCUUCCAAGUAGGUAUGGAGUUUAUGCGUUAGUAUGUGAUUUCAGUUCUGUGAAACAUUUUGGGAUCUGUACCAAUUAAACUUUGAUAGUUCUGCUGUUCUUCUGUAUGGACCCACUGCUGCCUGAUGGCCUUCUCUGCCUUGUGUAGUCACCUGGACAGUGUGACCACGACCGUCACCUCUUGCUUGCCUGAAAUUUUGCUGAAGAUGUUCUCAUUUCGUUUGUGUUUUGCUGUUGGGGUGUGGGCAGGUCGUCUGCUGGCUCUGUUGUGUUUAUUCACCAAUUUAUACAUUAUUUGUUGUCCUUUACUACUGUAAACAGUAAAUAUAGUUUGGUAUUCUGUCUCUUGGCUUAUAUUAAAUACUACAUUUGGAGGU